AUGCCAAAGACGCAUCUGGUCAACAACGAAACCAGGAACCAAUAUCCCGUCCAGGCAAACUCGGACUCGCCCGGCAUGGGCAUGGCCCUUCCAUCCUACGAAACGGCCCCGCCGCUUGAUACGAACAUUCUGGACCCGACAACGCUCCUCCUUGCGGCCCAGGCAAUCCACGCCCAAACAACUGAUUCGCCGCCGCUGUACCGCCUUAGCCUGGGUAUUUCGGACCUUACGGACCUAACAACCUCGGUGGACUUAAUGCGCGUCGAACGCAAGGGCCGGAGCCGCCCAUUGCGGCUUCUACCCCGUUCCGUCCGAAUCGCCGUGAUAAUAUCUGCAGCGUGCGAGCAACCGUGUUGCCGGGCCCCGCCGCCGUGGGGGCUCAAAAAGGUCCGCGGGCUUCUGUCGCGCAAAACCACCCAUGUCAACGCCCUGCCCGUCGACCCGUCGGGAAAGAGGAGCGAAUUCGGCAUCCCGACUUUUGUAAAAGGCGCCGACUCUGUUUUCACCACCGACGGGCGCGAGUGGGCCGAAUGGACCAAAAAUGCAGUGGCCGUAAUGUAUGAGGAUAAAGACGGUAAUAUCAUGGCCUGA